AUGAGCUGUACGAAAUUAAUUGUCACCGCAGGAGGGUUGCCAUCUUCGGAACGAAUGCGUAGUAUGCAAAUUUCCGGGCUUGGCCAGGGUUGCAGCCAAGGUCAGCCCAAGAAGCCCUGCAAAAUCUGGAAGCCGGCCAUUAGAAUGCGUUUUCAAAGGACUCGGCUUCGUGUAAACAAUCCAUCAGCUGCCGUUCUCCACCCCGAGGAGGAACAUCACCUCACCAGUCAAAGCAGCGUUCUCAACAGUGGCACUUUCGGGACCUUCGGAACCCUGCAAAUAUUUCUCCACUACCUCCCUGCCCUUUGGCGCACGUGUCCGUUUGCUUUGGUGGCGGCUUAGCAGCCAAGGACUUGGACAUGGAAUAUGUGUCGUGAUAGUGACAAAGGGACGCGUGCUCAUUACUCCCCCUGACCAUGUGUUCCGUCUCUGCCAGU